AUGACCAUCAACCUCGAGCACCGCCACCACCGCGCCAUCUCCCACCGCGCUCUCGACACCAUAAUCGAAACCUCCUUUUACGGCACCCCCUCAUCGCGUCAUUCGACUGCGUCAACUCAAAGCUCAUUCUCCACGGCCUAUACCACUCUGGAGGUAGGAUCUUCCUUCCGGUACUACCUACCACAUAUCAGUACACUCACCUCGCCCGUCUACACACGCAAUGAGAGCUACGCUUACCAAAUGAAUCCUCGUAGUCAAGAUCUGAGAACGGAGCAAGUAGGGAGGUUCUACCAUUACAUUCCCAACGAAAGUACGGAGCAGGACGAUGUAUAUACCGAUGGGGUGAAUACUAUCGUCGAUGCACCACGGGGUAAGGGGACGGUGCAGAUCACACCUGAGCCCAAAGUGUUGGGUAAUUGCAAGGACGUCGUCUUCUAUGAACGGCGAACUCCAGCAGAGAUCAAGUCGCCACUAUUGUUCAUUGGGCCGACGGACUUCUCAUACUAUCCGAGGAGGGUGGAAGUGAACGAUGUUGACGUUGGUAAUUAUACUGCUGGUGAGAAUUUGAGCACUGGUAAGCCGGCUGUGGAUGGGGGAGAUGGGGAGGUGAAGAAGCAGCGGAACAAGCUAAAGAAAGAUCAACAUAGGAGAUCGCAGAGUGUAGCUGAUUGUUCUUCGCAUCUUAAGCAGGCCUUUAAGAUGCCGUCCCUUCUGAACAUGAUGAAGUCUCGCAAGGCCACAGAUGACGAGGAGGUCGUCAAUGCUUCCAUGCAUCCACGGACUGGAAAGGGCGGUUGUGAUCCGUCUCGUGCCCGUCCGCAGUCUGUGAAGUCGACUUCACAUUCAGCUGCAUGCUGUGGAUUCUGCACUACACCGUCACGUCGGCCGACUGACCAGCAGCGGAGCCGGACACGCUCAGCUCACUUCAAGGAGUCAGGUCGUGCGAGCGAAGAUGAUGAUCCAAACAAUCCCAUCAUCAAGUUUUCUAUGUACCCACCGAUGGUCGGCAAGCGACGGUCGGAACUGGAGACCUAUGUUCGCACUCGUUCUUUAAAGCAGGAUCGAGUGUCAACUGAAGUGCACCGCCGUGAGGAUACUACACGGACCGGUCGCCCAGUAUGUCGCCAGCAGAUCUCGUCUCAUAUGCAAUCUCGCUCAGCGAAAUCCGACCUCUUCUUUGAUUCCGGAUACAGCUCUGAUGGCAACCCAGAAGAUCGAACAGUCCGAGUUUAUAUGCAUCCGCAGGCAAAGUAUAUCAAGAAGCCAGUCAAGACGCCAUUGAUGCCUCCGCGCGUCCCUGCCCCCUCUGGCGAAGAUAUGUCGUUUGAAGGCCCUUAA